UUAUCACUUCAAGAAUGCACCGAGAAGUUACACCUAUUCAUUACUGUGAUUUUAGUCAAGUUGAUCACUUAAAGGUAUGUCCAAUAUUUACGUAUCUCCUUUCUAAGCGAGAUGGGGCAUUGCAAGCUGAUGAUAUCAAUGCUCUUCAUGAAGAAGUUCAGUCACUUCUUAGCGAAAAUCACAGGAGGGUCAAAUUACUGGAGGAGGAGACUCAGAUUUUGACCGACUGGCAGGAACGUAAAGAUAAAAGGAAGUUGCCAAAAACUUUGAAAUCUUCAGGACGAAGUCAGUCUGAAUCUUCCAGCUUGCAGUCUUCCAAGAAACAGAAACUUACAGGACAGUCAGAGACUACAGGAGAAGAUGACCUCAGUGCUUAUCCAAGGUCACGUACUGAGACAUUACAUCGAUUUUGGGCAUCUGUGGAGCCAUAUUGUCGCAACAUAAUGCAGGAUGACAUUGAAGAACUAGAAGCAGCAUUCAAUUCGAUUGAAGAUAGUGGAAGGAACUACUACAGUGUACCGCCUUUAGGCAAGCACUACUCUGAAAGAUGGGCGGAGGAGGACUUGUAUGAAGAGCAACGAGAUAAUUGUAGGAUUACUGAUAGAAAAAGCAAGUCAUCUGUAUUGGUGGAUAGAAGUUCAACAGAGAAACUACUGAAGCAAUCUAAUAUUGAAAAUACUUCUGCUGACGAUGCAGAUGCGUGUCCUUUUGGAUUGUUAACACAACGACUACUAGCAGCUCUCAUAGACGAAAAUCCAUCAGAUACAGUAGAAGACAAUCCGGAUGGUGCACACACUGUGUCAAGUCCAACAAAGACUGGGGGCAAAAUGAGUCACAGACCAGUUCCUAUCUCACACGCAAAAUCAUUGGAAACAAGGCUAAGAGAGGAACUCACUCAGGCUGGCAUUUUUGAUUAUGAUGAGGAGAAAGAUACCAAGGACGACAAGGAUGCAGAAGACAAAGUGCUGGCUGAGCUUACAAAGAAACAGGAAGAGCUUCAUAGUGUGGUCCUUUAUAACCGUCAACAAAAGGAUCGCCUCAUUCAUGCUGCGAAAGAAGAGAUGAAGCAGCAAGCAAUUCGUAAUCAAAUUUUGCAGUUGGAUGCAGAUAUUAUCGACACACGACAGCGUUUACUUAAUUUGAAAUCGAAGAAGAAGGCUUUGAGUAAAAAAGAGAAAGAUGCGGCAUGGAGAGCUAUACGCGAACGUAAUCGGUUACUAGCUCAAUUGCAAUAGUGUAGUAUAGAUAUCUGGAGGCACCAUACACGAAUUUGCGGUUACAGUAAACAUGUCUAAAGUGAUUAGGUGUUUGGACUGAAAGAUAAUCUGAUGCUAAAUAGGCUGAUGGCAGCAACAACAUCAGCAAACUUUAA